CAGCCAGCUGCAUGAUUUCUUAUGGUAGAUGACGCUGCCGCCGGUGCGACCGCCAGCCAAAGCUGGACGGAAGGGCAAAUUUACGCAGCGCACGCUGCUAGAUGCCACUGACUUGCCUGCUCCCGGUUUCGUGCAAGCGUUCUGCGCCAGUCAGCAGCUUUCGCAGGCAUUAGGGGCAGAUCGUCAUUCUAGCGCGAAUGGCCAGGUUGCAUACUUGAAGAAGAAGCAGCAGCAACUCGCCUACGUGGAGGAUGCGAGGCGACGAGAGCAGCCUCCUUUGGACGCCAUCGCGGCGCCUGAAAUUCUUCGCGGCGAGUUGAGGAGAGACGCCGUGUUUCACCAUGGGGCUGCCGGCGUUCCGGCGCCUGUGUCGGGCGCGGCAGCUCUGGAUGUGGGCGAUCUGCAUGGUGGGGGCAUCCCGCUGGUGAACGUGGGCAACGAGGCGAAUGCGUGCCGCGAGAAGCGCCUGGAGCGGCAGAAGGAGUUCAUCGCCUCGCGGAAGCUGCGGCACGACGCCGCGCUGGAGGACUUCCAACGGGCCCUGGACGUGCUCUCGGAAGACUGCCAGCGAGAGGUCGAAGCAGCCACCGACCGAGUCAAAAAGGACCUGGACUUCAAGGUCACAGAGUGCAACCAAAUCUUAGAGCCCUUGGAGCCACCACCACUUCCUCCCAAAUCUGAGGAUGAUCCAGAAACCGGCGAGACCAACGAGGCUAACAUCCUGGACGAUCUGGAGGAUUUGCCAUUGGAUGGCACCAUAGAUCCUGCAACAGCCAAAGCUGUGGCUGCAGAGAACGCAGCUCUGAAGGCCUUGCGUGCCUUGGGCGAGCGCACUGAGGGAGAAGUCCGUGGAAUUCUCGCUUCUCUUGAGGCGUGCACGGCCAACCGGAGAAAGCGCAUCCAGGAUUUCGCAGGGCCAGAUGGUGAGCUGGCGCGCAUCGACGAGCUGCGCAAGACCAGCAUGGAGGAUCUCCUGAAGCGCUUGGUGGAGGCUCUCACGGCAGCUGCGCAUGUUGUGCACGGCGAAGCUGAGCGUUUGGUAGAAGCGCGUGCCACGUCCUUCAAUGAGGUCAUUCUGGAGAACAGGAAGGCCAUGCGCGACCUGGAGGCGAAGCUGACGGUGCAGACAUUGGAGGACAGCAAAAGCUACAAGGUGCGUUGGCACCAAGGGCUUCUGCUUUGGAAGCAGCAAAGGCACCGUCACAGCAUGGCCGUGGUGAUGAGACGCAUUCGCAGCAAUGAAUUCCGGCAACCAGACUCGCUAGUGGAGGCGGUUGGCAAGGUGAGGGAGCACCAAGCUUACGUUUUCGACCAGCGCAAAGAUCUGAUUGAGGAGCUCUUCUGCAUUCCUCAGCAGCGCCUGACGGUGGCGGCAGUGCGCAAUUUGGAGGAGCAGAAUACGCAGCUAAAUGACAGAGCGCAAGAGACCUUCGAUACCUUGCUUGUGGAUUUGCGAGAGCUCCGUGAAGCCUUGAACGUAUCUGCAGAGCAGAUGCUGGGCGAGCUGGGCCUGGAGCUAGAAGUGCACGAUGCCCGCCAGGAAUGGAAAGGCCAUGACUCGGUGGCCAACCUCAUUGACGCAGACGUGCGGCCUCCACUGCGGGAGUGUUUGGACCAGGUGGCUUCAAUGCUCCAUGCACUUUCAAACAAGCUCACGCAUCAAGAGGAGGCCUUGCAUCUGGCGGUCACGGGCGUUCUGACCUUCUUCUCGGGCCUUGCCAAGCGGCAAGAGACUUUGAAGAAGAGGGUGGAGGAGUUUGAGGUAAAUUACAACGGUGAGGUCGAAGACUGCGAAAAGGACUUUGAAGACACUUGUGAGCGAAAUGAGAACAGGAUGAAGGAGCUGCAUGACGCCAUAAACGAUGCGGCACACCAUGAGACGCUCGAUGAGUUGAAGCAGCAGACCUUCGAGCAUUUGGAUCAGAUGGCUGUUGGCUAUCGAGACCACGCGGAUCAGCUUCUGGGAAUCCACAAUCGCUAUCCAGGGGAAGCGCAGGCUCUAAUUCGGAAGGAAACUCGUGGCUAUUGCCAGGAUCUUGGCCUGGCACUGGACCCGUCGGAAGAGACAGUGGCGUUGGCGGCUGAGCGCAGGGCUGCAACUGCAGCGCUUGAAGCUGAAGCGGCUGCUGCUGCGGAGGCUGCGCAUGCGCCAGUUCCAGGCGAGGAUGAGGCAACCGCGGCAGCCCGGCGAGAAGCAAUGACAACUGCAGUCGAAGCAGCCAAAGCAGAGGUGCGCCAGGCCGCCGAAGCCAAAGAAGCUGAGGCAGUACAGGCAGAAGCUGCUGCCUUCGAAGGGCUCGAAGAGAAGAGCGAAUGGCCGAGCGAGGGCACUGGCUGCAAGGUCCUGGAAAAGAAUUCCUUGCCAGAGAUGAGGGAGGUAGUGUUGCAGGAGCCAGAAGAAGCUCCAGAAGAAGCGGAAGAGGGUGAGACCGCACAGGGCGAGCCGCUGUUUGCAGAUGGAACGCCGGCGCUGGAUACCCUGGCAUUCGAUCACAUGUGGUUCGAGGACAACUUGUCGGGGCUGCGCGAGGCCAUCUUCCAAAACCUGGAGAGUCAGAAGCGCUACCUUGAUCGAGUUGACAUCCCCGCAGCCUGUGAAGAAGUUCGAAGAGACCUGGAUCAGCGAUUGCGGCGACACACCAAUCGCAAGGGUGAAGUUCAGGUAGAAUGGUACGUCCCCCGGUACGGCAUGGUCUCCAAGCACAAGGACAAGUUCGAGAGACACUUGGUCACCGUGGCUCGCAAGUGUCAAGACCAAGACGAUGCUGUUGAGAAGACUCUUCAAGAAGCCGAUGAAGCAGAGCAAGAGUUUCAACAACGCAUCACGAGCCUCCAGGACCGCCUUGGAGAAGCUGAGACACUACCUGUUCUGACGUCCUUUGAACGACAGGCUUCUGACCUACUUGCGGGCUUCAAAGACUUCUGCAAGUCUGCAGUGAAGCGGCUACUAGAGUUCAGCAGCAAAGCGCCGCAGGCUCUUCAGAAGGACAACCAGGCCUUUCUCAUGAUGUGCAAAAAGGGUGAUGAGCAGUACAGCGAGCCCGAAAUCCUCUACUAUGGCGGGGAGAUCGAAGAGCUCAACCGGACUCUGGAUGAGCGAAUGCAGCAGCGAGCCCAGCUCGCCCAGGAUUUGGAGAGCCAGAUCGAGGAGAAAUGCAAAGCACCGAUGCAAACAUUUGCUGCCGCCUACGCCACUGCCGUGGAGUCUCUAUGUGCCAGCAAAGGUUAUGGCCGGAAAUAUGGCGAACCUCGCCGCAAGGCACAGGAGCGAGUGCGCACCCUCAUUGCUCGAGCAACCACCGUUCAUUCCAACAUUGAGCUACUGCUGGAGUACGUCAGGCAACUGUUGAACCUUCCUCCGCCAGAAGAUGGAGGGUACGAAGUCACUGCCAUGCCAAAGCCGCCGCGCAUCAUGAGCAUCAGGCAAUUCUUCGGACAAGGUUCUGAGCCGUGGAAUUACAGUGGAGAGGUGCUGGGGAUGCUCUAUGUCUCGGUUUGUACCAUGGCGGAGCUUGGUACGCACUUGGGCGCCUUCAAGGAAAGCUGCGCCUCCAAGUAUGAGCUGUCUGCAGUUCCAAGCCUCCGUAUUCUGCGGGAAGACUCGUGCAUGCUGCCGCCAGCGGGUGAGUUGCAGGAGGCGCAGCGAAAAGCAGAAGCGGCGAAGAAAUCACUGAGUGAUGGCGAUGCAGAAGAUCCAGCAGAAGCAGAAGCGGUUGUGAAAUUGUCGAACUCGCUUGAGGCUUCGAAAGCUCUGCGAGAGGACUCCUUACUCAGAGUGCUUGGCCCCCUCAUGAAGAGCGAGAAGUUCAACAACGAGAUUCAACUCGUCAUCAAAGCAUCCCAUGAAGCCUACGCUGGCCAGGCUGGAGGCACUCCUGACUUCAUGCAGAAGUUUCUCGCCGACAUGCAGGUUUCCUGUGAGCAUGCUCGGCAAGAGGCCUGCCGUGCCUUGCGCGGGUGGGGUGACGAUCUCCGGGAAAGCACGCUGCUGCAGCUUGGAGACCGUCUAUUUGCAGAAUUGACAUCGCGUGCACUUGAAGAGCUGGCCCAAGCUUCACAGGAGGCAAAUCAAAAGACUAUGCAGCUUUGGAUUGAGAAUGACAAGCGGCGCGCCAAUCACGAGCAACGCCUCAACCCCCGUCUCGCUGAUGCCAACAAGUCAGCCGAGCUGGAAGAGCUGGUUGAAGCUGAAGCCAAACGCCACGAAGAUGCAUUGCAGAUGUGCCAGGAGGACCGCGAGCGAAUGGCAACUGCGCUGCGCAACGCUUCUGAGAGCUUUGUUUGUCGCCUGACGACGGUGGCCGAAGUCGCGGUUUGUCUCUUGGAUCUUCUCCCGCUGCACAGUCACUUUGGAGCGCUGCCUGGAGAUGAGAAGGUGGAACCGCCGCGCAUGUCCAUCAAGCGUCGCAUGCGUCGACUCAAUGCCGAAGAAGAGAAGCCGCCCGAGCCUGCGGCAAAAGCGGCGCCCAAAGGCAAAGCCCAAGCAAAGCCUCCAGAGCCAGAGGAGAAGCCAGAGGGUCUUCCAGAACGUCAGUGGCAAGGGCUGCCGAAGUUUGAGCUGCGUGCUUUGCUUGUUGGUGGUUCUUGGCCUGAAGAUCCUCAACUUCAACCGGAUGAUGACAAAGUCAAAGAGCUCACGGACACCCUGAAGUCGUUCCGGUCGCCAGCUCACAGGAGGAUCAUCGAAGGGCGCUUGCAGUCCUAUGAGAAUUACAAGCAGCAGUUUACGGACGAAGUUCGUCGUCGGAAUUCGGAGAUGUCAGUCCGCGAGGCGAAAGAGGAGGCAGGAGAGAAGAACUGGCAGUCAAUGGUACGCCAAUUACGAGGUGAAUGAUGUGGGUGGGGGGGGGGCACUUUGCAGCCUGAUGUUGUGACAAGCAACAAAGUCAUGUCACCACUCACCACUAUUCAACUCACGCCACAAAAAACGGGUUUUCCUGAAGCUGUCUCACCCAUCGCACAGCGAAUUCCAGCUGUGCCACUCCAAUGGACAUUUCAUGCUCUGCAGAUGAUGCAUGCAGAUCAAGCCUGAUGCCUAAUCCCGUAUGGGCAAGGUUCGGCUUAGUCGAAGGUUGGGUCUCACCGCAGCUGAUUUGUCCAUUGCAUUCAA